AAUAACAUCGAACACGUGCUCGCUGCACAGAUAAAAAUGGGAUCAUUUAAAAAGUUUCUGUCCAGAGGCAUGCAGGCUUAUGUUGAAUCUUUUGUUUGUCUUCCUCUAAUUAAUGACCGGUUUAUCAUUUCCCAGUGUCAAGAAAACUAUUAGUUUAGAUGGCUGCACCAGAGCCCUUGUUCACAAUACAGGUCGGCAGUCAUACUACGAAGAGUUCUUUAGACUCUGAUUUUGGUGUGAUAACUAUAACAGCUAAGGCUUUAAAAAUGAGAGAACAAAGUGAAAAGUGUGUUACUUCAGAUAUAGCAAGUACUGAAAAAUUAUCAAUAAACAGUGAAGAAUCUGAUGCAGAGAAUGAUAAUAGUGAUGAAGACCCAGAUUAUGACCCUAAAAAGGAUAAUGGUCAAAAUGGAUCACACAUUGAAAAAACAGAAGCUAAACAGAGAAGAUCAUCUUUGUGCUCAACAUCAAGCAAUAAAGUAUAUGCUUGUUCACAUAAAGAUUGUGGCAUGGAGUUUAAUAAACCAAGCCGCCUUGUACAGCAUAUGCGCAUCCACACAGGAGAACGACCUUAUGAAUGCCCAGCUGAGGCUGCUCAAGGUCCUAUACUCGACAGCAGCACUUGAAAAGACAUCUUGAAACAACACAUGUGAGUGAAUCAAAAGAAGAAAAAAUUAAAUGUGAUGAUUGUGAUAAGAUGUUUUCCAAUAAAUAUUCUCUCCGGAAGCAUCACUAUAGAUACCAUGUGCGCACUCCAUUCACAUGCAGUGAAUGUGGACAAACAUUCAAGAAGCAGCAACACCUUAAAACACAUACUUUUGUUCAUACAGGCAUCAAGCCAUAUAAAUGUGAAUUCCCAGGAUGUGAUGUGAGAUGCGAGAACCCUAGUCGCUUGAAACGUCACAGCUUUAUCCAUGAGAAGAGUCGAUAUGCCUGCCCUGUUGAGAAUUGUGGGAAUACAUUUGAUCUGUAUCAAAAUCUGCAGAUGCAUCUCUCUAUCAGCCAUAUGAAAGUUUGUGAUGUUUGUGGGAGAACAUUUAGACAACUUCGCAAGCUCAGAAUGCAUCGCAAAACUCAUGAAGAUGUUCGAGAAGCUUAUUUCUGCCCUCUUCCAAAUUGUGAUAAACACUUUUACCAAGAAAACAACUUGACUACACACAUCAAGGAGAAACAUGAAAAGAGCAAGAUAUACCAGUGUGGCAUUUGUGACAAAUGUCUUGCUAGCAAGCAAAAAUUAACUCGUCAUAUGGCCACCCAUGCACUAGAUUACAAAAGGAACUACACAUCCAAAAAGCCAAGGAAACCUCGAAAGGACAAAGGGGUUUCAAGGACAGAUUAUUCACGUCUGCUGUCUGGAUACUAUGAAGAUGAAGAAGAAGCCACUGUUGCGAGUCCAAAAGACUGUGAUAUAGUCAAGGUCAUGGACAGUAAUCAUGAAGUUGUCACUGAUAGUCAGGAGGAAACUGCAGUAGAAAGUAAAGGUGAAGAAGAAAUGGAGUGUGAGUGAUUUGAAGACAAACUUUAAUUGAUUUAUACAUUUAGUCUAAAUAAACAUGCCAAGGAAUUGUCCUUGAUAUAUCAAUCUUAAGAAUAUUACAUUGGUACUACUUUGUAUGUUUAGCAUUGUGAAAUGUAUGAGGCUCGUCAUUUGUAAAUUUUAGUUGAAAAUUGAAUCUGUAUGUAUGUUUGUGGCUCUGUUUGUGAUGUCACAAAAUGCUCAAUAGCGUGUUAUUCCUCCUGAAAAACAUUUUUACAAAAUAUAUGUAACUAUUAAUGGAAGAAAAAUCCAUUGGUCUUGCUAAACUUAUACAGCUCAACUGCAAAAUGCCUUGUAUAAUGCAGAUGGAUAUUUUCAGUGCUUACAGCUUUAUAUGACUGAUUGUGAGUUUCCUGAAGAAGAGAAAUUCAUAACAUAGUAAUAUGGGAUAUUAAAACACUCUAGGCUUUGAGUGGAUUCAUUUAUUGAUUAUAUGAUAUAGAUGACUCUAUAGUUUAUAUAUGGUAUAUUUAAUUACUUUUAAUCUAUAAUAUAUGGUGCUGAAUUAUGUAUAGUAGCAGGAAACAUUACAUAAUAAAACCUUCAAAAAUUAAAUAUAAAAGAUCUUAAAGCUUAA